GUAUAAAUAGGGACGUUGAGCUCGAAAACGCUCAUUCGUGAUCGUCAAUUUGAAGUGUGAACAUCGUGAACGUACAAUCCUGUGCUCAUCAUGACUGGAAGAGGAAAGGGAGGAAAAGGUCUGGGUAAAGGAGGAGCCAAGCGUCACCGAAAAGUGCUGCGGGAUAACAUCCAGGGCAUUACCAAGCCCGCCAUCCGCCGUUUGGCUCGGCGCGGAGGAGUGAAACGUAUCUCCGGUCUCAUCUACGAGGAAACCCGUGGCGUCCUGAAAGUAUUUCUGGAGAAUGUGAUUCGUGAUGCGGUCACUUACACUGAACACGCCAAGCGUAAGACCGUCACCGCCAUGGAUGUGGUGUAUGCUCUGAAGCGUCAGGGCCGCACUCUGUACGGUUUUGGAGGUUAAAUUCAACGUGCUAUAACAAACCUCCAAAUGGAGUCUCAAAACGGUCCUUUUCAGGACCACAAUACAUUACUCAAGAGCUGUGUCUUUCGCAACAUUAAAAUGUUUUAUUUGAGAGAAAAAAUGUCUAUAAUGGCUUCGAAUGGAGUGCGUAUAACAUUUUACUUGCAUAACAAGCACUCACACUGCUGUAUAUUCAGUGCAUUUACAUGAAAUGGCGUUUUGUAAAUGUGCCUUUUAAACGUAUGUGCAUGUGUUUGAAGCGUACAUAAAAGCGACGAUUGAAGUGAUUGUUAAAAUAUUGAAUUUUUAUUUACUUAUUAAUUUAUUAAUUUAUUUUAUAGUGUCGAAUUAAAAUUAUUUUAUUUUUCAGGGCAAGCCGCUCAUCCUCUUGAAGCAAUAAUCGCCGCUACACAUGCGCUUCGGUCAUUGAUACUUGUGAUAAUUAUUCAAAAGAAGGAUUGGGCGAAAAAAAGCUACACCGUUUUCAUGAGGUUUGUGAGUUUAUUAUAACAGCUAACGGUGCCAAUGCUGCCUUUGACUCCGUAAAUCACUCAACGCUAAUUUCAAAACUAUCAAGCUACGGAAUAAAUAGGGCGCUUGCUCAUUGG